UCGCCGGGCACGGUCCCCUCCCCCCAGGUGGGGGUGGGGCGCCGCCAGCCGCCCCGAUCCUCAGCUUUGUCAUUGAUCCCUAGGUGCUCGCCUCGCUGCCGACCUGGCUUCCAGACUGACUCGGCAGGACCUCGCGUCCUCGCCUGCGUCCUGCCCCCAAAACUGACAGGUGCUCCCUGCGAGUCGCCACGACUCAACGCCUCUCCUCCGCGUCCCCACCCCCUCUUUCCUCCCUCGCCUCCCCCCCACCCCAGGCACUUCGGCACAGCUCAGGAUUUGUUUAAACCUUGGGAAACUGGUUCAGGUCCAGGUUUUGCUUUGAUCCUUUUCAAAAACUGGAGACACAGAAGAGGGCUCUAGGAAAAAGUUUUGGAUGGGAUUAUGUGGAAACUACCCUGCGAUUCUCCGCUGCCAGAGCCGGCCAGGCGCUUCCAUCGCAGCGCAACCUUCCCCAGGCUGGGCUGAGCCUCCGAGUCGCUGCUUCCCCAGUGCCCGCCGCCAGUGAGCCCUCGCCCCAGUCAGCCAAAUGCUCCUCCUCGGCCUCCUCCUGCUGACAUCUGCCCUGGCCGGCCUGAGAACCGGGACUCGGGCUGAGUCCAACCUGAGCAGCAAGUUGCAGCUCUCCAGCGACAAGGAGCAGAACGGAGUGCAAGAUCCUCAGCAUGAGAGAAUUGUCACAGUAUCUGCUAAUGGGAGCAUUCACAGCCCAAAGUUUCCCCACACUUACCCAAGAAACACUGUGCUGGUGUGGAGAUUAGUUGCAGCCGAUGAAAACAUGCGGAUCCAGCUGACGUUCGAUGAGAGAUUUGGGCUGGAAGAUCCAGAAGAGGACAUCUGCAAGUAUGAUUUUGUAGAAGUUGAGGAGCCCAGUGAUGGAAGUAUUUUAGGAUGCUGGUGUGGUUCUGGGACUGUGCCAGGAAAGCAGAUCUCUAAAGGAAAUCAAAUCAGGAUAAGAUUCGUUUCCGAUGAGUAUUUUCCAUCGGAGCCUGGAUUCUGCAUCCACUACAGUGUUGUCAUGCCACAAGUCACUGAAACCACAAGUCCUUCAGUGUUGCCCCCUGCAGCUUUGUCGCUAGAUCUGCUCAAUAAUGCCGUGACCGCCUUCAGUACCUUGGAAGAGCUCAUUCGGUAUCUAGAGCCUGAUCGAUGGCAGAUGGACUUGGACAGCCUGUACAAACCGCCAUGGCAGGUUGUGGGCAAAGCGUUUCUUUAUGGGAAAAAAAACAAAGUGAUGAAUCUGAACAUUCUCAAAGAGGAGGUAAGACUCUACAGCUGCACUCCUCGGAACUUCUCGGUGUCCAUUCGGGAAGAGCUAAAGAGGACAGAUACCAUUUUCUGGCCAGGUUGUCUCCUGGUUAAGCGCUGUGGAGGGAAUUGUGCCUGUUGUCUCCAUAAUUGUAACGAAUGCCAGUGUGUCCCACGUAAAGUUACAAAAAAGUACCACGAGGUCCUUCAGUUGAGACCAAAAAUUGGAGUCAAGGGAUUGCAUAAGUCACUCACUGAUGUGGCUCUGGAACACCAUGAGGAAUGUGACUGUGUGUGUAAAGGAAACACUGGAGGAUAACUGUAUCCUCCACAGCAGUGCACAUCCCCACUGGCAUCCUGAAUCCCCCACUAGCAUCCCACAUCCCCACCAUCAUCUGCCACAGGGCCAUCAGAUGCUGCCAUCAACUGUGGUAAAGAUCUUACUCAUUGUUUCCAUCUGAAAUCUAAGUUGUC